AUGACAAGACCAAAGAACAUAAAGAUAAAAACAACUUACAUCCACUGCAGCCAGAGCAUUGCAUGGUUAGGUAACCCAAGAGUGACCCUUCAGGAAGAGGUAGAAGCCAGGCCUAGGAAAGCGGUUUUCUCGACUCGUAAAGGAAGAUACCUAGCAAUUUUCUCUUCUAAAAAAGCAGACCCUUACCGAAAAAAAACCACCUUCUCUCGAGUAGGUUACCGUCGACCCCCUUCCCGUCGCGCCUCCUUGAAAGCCCAACAAAGUUGGCAAGUACCUCUCAAGAAUAACUCUAGCCGCUAA